AAUCACGUGAUGUACAUAGCAACUAGUAACAGGCUUUAAGGACAACUUACUAUUUAUCUAUUGUACCAAACGGAUCGGCCCAAACUAAUAGAGCUAUUAAGUUACUUACAGUGCAAUUGAAACAAUAAGAGAAUCAGCUUUUGAGAUAUAGUUUAUCAGCCAUUGGACUGCGAACAGGAGAAAAAUAGUUUAAAGAGAAUAUUUUCCAUGUUUUGUUAAAUAUAGCUGAUUGCUAACGGUUAUGCUAUUGAUUAGAGCGUAAAAGAGAAUCAUAAUCGGGUAUGAAUAGUGAAUACGAACUUAAGCGUCGAUCAUCUUCUCCAGAGAGUCCCCCCCAUCGUCGUCGGCGAGGUGAAAGCUCGAAUAAAGAGUUGAAAAGGAUAGAUUAUGUUUUGAUAUAUGAACUGGACGAGGAAGAAAAAGAUGAUGCUAAAACGCAGGAAAAAAAUAAGUUAAGGAAUAAAUUUAAGGAAGCCAUUUGGGAAGAAGGUCUUGAGAUGCAAGAAGAUGAGAUUACAGAUUCGAAAAAUUUUGAUAAAAAAAAUAUAUUCAUUAAAAUACAUGUUCCAUUUGAAAGAAUUUGCACGCAGGCGGAAAGAGUGGCCGUAGAAAUGAACAUUCGAGGGUUAAGUAUACCCGAAGAUCCACCACCAUCAUAUCUUGAAUGGUUCUAUGAAUUCGAAAGAAAACAUUUAAAAACAGAUAACGAAGCAAAAAAGAUAUUCACUAUAGAUGGAAGAAGCGUUGAAAGAUAUACAGUUGAUAGUGUUGCAACGACAUUCGAGAAGGAAAAAAUGAAGAUAUUUGAAAACCAUAGCGAUGUAAAUACAUUCUUUAGGCCGGCCUUGCGAUGCUUUCUGGCAAAUGAUAUUCUUAUAAAUAUUGAUAUUCGCGAUGAAGCAGACAGACAAAAUGAACCUUUAAAUAGAAAAGGCCUCAAGUAUAUGCUGAUGGAGAAAAUUUUUUUGGAUGCUUUUAUUAUGCACGACGAAUCGGAUAUCGAUCCAAUGGAAGAGGAAGAAAAAAAGAAAAAGGAAAGAGAAUUCGGUUCAAGAUUUGUUAUAGAUGAUCCACCAGAAGGGAAAAAGUUGAUUUUACCAGAUACUAGAAAAGAGUUACACGAGAGUUGGUUAAGAUACAGGAAAUAUCAACCUCUUUGGAAGAUUAGAAACUAUUUUGGGGAAAAAAUAUCAUUAUAUUUUGCUUGGGUAGGAACGCUUAUAGUAUCUUUAUGGAUACCAACUUUGCUAGGACUCGCCAUAUUCUUUUACGGAUUGUACUUGAGCAUAGAACAUAACAUUAACAAUACUAAUCAGUUGAAUGCGACCGAUCCUCUGACAUUGACAAAGUCGUACGUUGAAAGGUCUAUUCAAGUAAUUCGGCAAGCAUUUGAUAAUAAAGUCACUCCGUAUUAUGCUCUAAUUAUGUGCCUUUGGGGUACUCUCUUCCUUGAGUUUUGGAAACGAAAGAAUGCAGAGUUGGCCUAUCGUUGGGACGUCGAUUACUUUGAAGAAACUGAACCUGAUAGACCCCAGUUCCAAGGGACACAGAAGAAACGAGAUCCUGUAACUCAAGAAGAAAUCUGGUAUUAUCCUUUUAAGAGGCAAUUAUUUAAAUUUAUGUUUUCCUUUUCCAUAUUGAUAACUAUGGUGUUUUUCGUUCUAAUUUCUGUUGCCAUGGUAAUUCUAUAUCGGGUGUAUACAGCCGUCAAUCUUUGUUCGGAUCCAAAAAUUUGUAUAAUAGUGAACGCCUUGGUACCAGCACUACUAAAUGCUAUUUCUAUUAUGUUACUCGGUAAACUGUAUGAGAUUUUGGCCUAUAAACUAACGAAUUGGGAAAAUCAUAGAACGCAAACUCAAUACGACGACGCCUUAAUUAUAAAACUGUUCGCUUUCCAAUUUGCCAACAGUUACGCUUCUUUGUUUUAUAUAGCAUUUUUUAGAGGAAUUAAUUAUGGUAAAGAUGGAAUAUUUGGCCUGGGAGAAAAAUAUACGGACAGUUGCGGAACAGAUAACAAUUGUAUGGCAAUGCUUUCGCUCCAGGUUCUCGUUCUUAUGAUAGUUAAACCUCUUCCAAAGUUCUUAAAAGAUAUUAUUUUACCAUGGUUACUAAAGAAAUGGCGACUACGUAAAAUAUGUCGAGGAAAAAGGCGUGUUGACGAUACUGAAUCUGCUCAAAAGAAGAAGAGUUUAACGCUUCCCGACUUUUUGGAAAGGGAACGUCUUAAACCGGAACUUGGGGAUUUUACACUUGGAGAAUAUACCGAAAAAGUUUUAAUCUAUGGCUAUUUAAUGAUAUUUGCGGCUUCAUUACCAGUCGCCCCAUUGAUAGCACUUAUUGUAUAUUUAAUCGACAUACGAGUAGACGCUGGAAGGCUUCUCUGGUGGUAUAGAAGGCCCAUUAGUACCAUAGCCCAAGAUAUCGGUAUGUGGUAUGGAAUUUUAUACGUUUUAAACGUAAUAGGAGUAAUCAGCAAUGCAUGCUUGAUUGCAUUUACAUCUCAUUGGGGAAGAUCAUUUGACGAAACAUACAAGAAAUUACUUAUUGUUAUUGGCUUUGAGGUUUGUGAUUAAAAAUGUUUUUCUUUUUUUUAUCAUCUUUGAUCAAGAAAAAGCAAUUAAAUCAACGGCUUAGUUUGUAUUAUGAAAUCCAAGAGAAGAUGCUAAAAUAUGAAUUCUCUUUAAAAACAAAAAAAUUAUUGCAGUUGUUUAAGUUUCUUCAUUUGUUUAGAGAAUUUUUCCAUCAUUUUUUUGUUAUUUGUUAUAAAAACAAAACAAAAUAUCAUAAAUCAUUUACAGCAUAUAGUGUUUUUCGUCAAAUUUGUCAUCGAUCUUCUCAUACCCGACACCCCAGCCUGGGUUUGCCUAAGGCGUCGUAAGGUGAUGAUCUUUUUGAAUUGGUCUAAAAUUGGAUCUCUAUUAUGUCCUAAAAGCGUUUGACUUGAAAAAAUCUUCUUUUAUUCAUAUACUCUUUUUUAGAUAACCCAUAAUCAUAUUUUAUUCAAUUAGUAGAAAGAAAAAGAGAGGGAGAGAGAUAAGAUUAUAAUGUAUCUAAUGGAGAGAAAUUGAUGAAGUAACUAAAAAUAGAGAAUUAUUUUCUAUUUCCUCUCUUUUGAUAAAUUACUGGUGAAUGAACAUGUAGAAAUUUUGAAUUUGUCGAUAUACUAUCUAACAUAUCUGAUAUAACUCUCUUGUGCAUGUUUGCUUUCUAAUAUUACAGCAUAUUGUGUUUGCUGUUAAAUUUAUCAUACGAAUUUUGGUGCCUGACGUACCUCGCUUCAUUCAACGUCGUAGAAGAAGGGUGAGGAUAUAUCAUGAUCUGCUUAUAUCUGAUUUCAAUUUCCCUCCUCCUAACCUUUCUCCUUGAUAUUCUUUAUACAAAAACCUAUAUAAAUACCCCUUUCUCUACAUAAUAAUUUUCCUCUACCAAUAGGAAAAGUAUCAAGUUGCAAAAAUAUUGGAGGCUGCAAGAAGAGAUCCGAAUAUUAAUCCAGCUGAUGUAGUAAAGCCGAAAGAACCUGGCGAAAAACACCAAAAAACGAGUUAUUUAAGUUCUGAAGAAAAGAGUAAGCUAUUGGAAAAUAAUAUGGAAUUGAGAGAGAGAUCGUCAAUGGCUGAAAAUUCAGGUAAUAUUGCUUGUUUUUUUUCAAUAAGCUUCAUCUUUCGAAUUAUGAUUUACCUGCUCAAAAGGUGCGCUUUCUUGAUAGCUAAUAGAAUUGCUCUGAUAUUUGAAAUUAGAUUAGUAGUUUUAUAGUCUAACUUGAAUUAGAAACAAACAAACAAACACAAGAGAAAAUUCCAAAAAUUGAUAACAAGUUAUCAAAAAACAAACAAAUAAACAAGCUAAACAUUUGAUUGAUAACAGAAAAAAGAAAUCGCUUCUCAAUAGGAAUGAGGCAAGAUUUAUUACCUGAAUGCUUAAUCAUUUUCAAUUGAGCACUUUGAUUUAUUUGAUGCUUUCUGAAGAAUUUUACAGAGAAAAUUUCGUAUUUAUUUCUUUAUUUAUUUAUUUCAAAAUUUUUAUAUAUAUUUAUAAAGAAGAACAAAAUAAGGAAGGAGAGUUUUAAUUGUUUUUCUUUCCUAUUUUCAUUAAACAAUUCAUUUUAGUAGUUAAAACGUUGUUUUUUUUAUCACGCCACACGGCUUGUCAAAAAGGUAUAGGUUUGAUAGGGAUAAGUACACUCUUUCAAACGAAAAAUUAGCUUGAGACGAUUCAUCUUUAAUAUAUUUUCUCUUCUAUUUUUGUACCUUUAAGCCAUCUUUUUAUUCUCAUAUUAUUAUUUUUGAAUUUAUCAAUUACAAAAUUUUAUCCUUUAUCGCUCGGACUACGUUACACGUUAAAAAAUAGGAAAGAAAAAGAAGAAAUAUAAGUUGAAACCAUUGAAAGCUCGAGGAGAUCACGAAGAAGAAGUCUAUAGCGAUAAUCGACCACUAAACAACAGAAGGUGAAAUAUUAAAAAGAGAAAAAUAUUAGUAUUAAUAAUAAUAAUCAUAAAACAAAUAAUUUACUUUUAUUUAUCAUAUUUUUUUUAUAUUUUUUUUAUAAAAAAAAAUACUACCAUUUUCUUCAGAAUGUCCAGCGAAAGUAUACCAAGGUGAUGAUGAUUUAAAAAUAAAAUAUGAAUAGUUUUAUAAGAUCGAUUAAAACAAUGAAAAAGUAGCUCUAACAUAAAAAAAACAAACAAAAGGAGAAUAUUUCGUCUAAAAAAGUAGAAAAAUUUUUAAAAUAUAUCGUUUUUACUUUAGUUUUUUUAACAAAACUAGUUAAAACUUUUAAUUUUCUCUCUCUCUCUCUCUCUC